AUGGAUAUUGAUAAUGUGUGUCUCAAUAAUAUCCACGCCAGUAUUUUGGUGGGUAAUUUGUGCGGUGCAGAGGGAGAAUCUGUCUCGGAGGGUCUAUUCUUUGGUAUUGCGUUCCGAAUGGCAAAUAUCCUCCACUUACCAUCUUCAGAUGCCAGUGAAGACGCUAUCACCCAGGAGAUCAAGGAUGAUCAUCAUCGCUUGCCCAUACUCGGGACCUUAUUCUGGUCUCUGAAACCAGGGCAAGCAAUUGGUCAGGAUGACCAGCCUACUCUAGGUCUCUGGGGUUACAUGGUCAUUCUAGCCAGAAUAUUCGGUAAAAUUCAAGACCUCCACCAGAAGCUCUCAAAUGGAGUCCUGGAUGAGCACCAUGCAGAACUGAUUACACAAGACCUAGCACAAGAGCUUGAAACCUUUGAACAAGGUCUUCCGCCUGACCUUCAUUUUACCGUGCACAACUUGAAGAAGCAUGCCAGAGUAGGCCUGGGACAGGUCUUUGUGGCACUUCAUCUGGGGCAUCAUCACUAUGCCACUUUGUUAUAUUUCCCUUUCUUCGACAUUCAGCUCUCUCAAACACGCAGUCGAGCCUUGUUCGUGUCCCGCUGCAAGCAUCAUGCCACAAUGUCUAGUGAUCUGCUGAGGACUUCUCACGAAACCCCGGAUUGUGAGGCGGUAUAUCUCAUUGUGGCACACAUGACUGUAGUGUCAUCUGCGGCCCUUCUUCAUACAUUGCUGUUCGGAGAUUAG